CAUCUCACAAAUGAACGAGUGUGUCCAGUUUUGACCACCGCGCUUCCAUGGCCAUUGACGAACAGCGCAUAUAUAGGCUAAAACUAGAGAGCUCUCAGGAAAAGAAGAAAAAAAAACGAAGCGGCGGGCACCAAGAAAGAUAGGAAGAAUUCAGAAGUGAAAGGGAGAUAUCAAGCUUGAGUAUCAACCAUGUCGGCGGCUCAGGUGGAGCCACAUGACAAGAUGAGGUCGAGGGACGUGAACAAGGUGGCUCGCGGGGAGCAGGCGCCUAGGCCUCCUCACGAGCCUGGCGAGAUUAGCCAGCGCCCUUCGCAACCUGAUCCUGACCCUCGCCAGUACGAUCACGACGAUGAUCGUGACCGCGAUCGGCUCAUGACAAAGUUUUUGGAGCCGGGAACAGCUCCCAUAGACAUUCGCUUCCCUGCCAACAACCAAACUCGCCAUUGCUACACCCGAUAUAUCGAGUACCACAGGUGUCUGAAACACAAGGACAAAGACAAAGCUCAUGAGUGUGAGAAAUUUGCCAAGUAUUACCGCUCUCUGUGUCCAUCUGAAUGGAUUGAGAGGUGGAAUGAUCAGAGGGAACGAGGCGUCUUUCCAGGGCCAAUAUAAUGAUAUGCUACGUUUGCCGACUCUGUAUAUAAAUGUGGGUUUUAUGUAAUGGUUUGUAACAAAGUUUGCCCUUUCCUUCCACUCGAAACUGCAAAAAAAAAACUGCACUUCUUGUUGAACAUGCUUUGUUGUACCUGCACUUUUUUUCUUCUUCCUUUCGGCAGAAGCGGUAAAAAGGCCUGUCGAACAAAAGCCCAUUAAUAUCAAAUCAGGCAAAACUUCUCCUUGGAAAGGAUAGGCCCAAACUAAUUACGGAACUAUUUGUGGGCUCUGUUGUCGCUUUGCCUUGCCGCCAAAGAAGGAAUUUUUUUUUUAGGGGAAAGAAAAAAGUUUGGAAUAAGUGAUUAUCGGGGCGGUUUCUUGAACCGAAAUUUGCCUCGCACUUCAAUUUCCUGCAUUACCCAUCUGGAAUUGCUAUAGUUUGGAAGUUGGGACUCCUACAACAAUAUUUGGUAAUGUGUGAGUGUGUAUUUUAUUUAAGUUAAAAGUUCUUACAUGAUAAGAUACAACGUUUAGUAAUGUAUGAUUAUGAACAUGAACGACCUUAAAAGUUAAGGUAUAACAAUAUCAACGAUCGUAUCUAAAAACUUAUAUGUAAUUAUUACUCAUUUUCAGUGACAGUUAGUCACAUCACAGAAAAACAAAACAUGUACUAUGCAUGGAAAACAAAACUAGAAAAACGAAUACAGUAACAAUCACAAUUUUCCACCAUUCAAACGUCCACAUAUUUUCUGAUAGAAUAAACGUUCAAAUGUGUGUACUAUAUUUAUUUGCUUUGGCAUAUCAUUUAACUUCGAUAAUAGCAUCUAAGAGCAAACAUUGUAAAUUUCAUUUGUUACUAUACAAUGGAGAGACCUUGAGACAACUUAGGCCAAUAAGGUUAUGUUAAUUUGUGUAUAAGAUUAUAGCGAAGACUAUGUAAGAAAGACUGGUUCAAUUUUUGCCUCAAAUGAAAACUGAAUUUCUUCUAUUAUUUUUUUAUUUGAGAAUUGAAGAAUUGGAAAUUCCGCGACUUUAAAAAGAAGGAUUUUUUGGGGCUACCUUGCUUGAAUUUUCGAUCAACUUUUAUAUCAAUAACAUAUUAAUAACUCACAAUUAUCUUCAAGAAUAAAAUAUUUGUUAUGCUUAAAUUUUUUAGUUAAGGGCAAAAUGCCUUCAUCUGGAAACGACAAAUGUGGAAAAUGUCAUGUCAUAACACAAGCUUAUGCAUUAUUUAAAAAUCAAAACUUGAGGCAAUAAAGGAUAUAUGACUAUAAAGUUCGAAAUGGGAAAAUCCUAUGAUAUAGUUGAUUGAUUAUUUCUCCUCGUUGUUUUGGAAAUUUUGGACUCAACCUAACCUGGAGACGAGAGAUCUAGGAAUGUCGCAGUUCGUCGUCGUGAUCAGUUCUUAUGAAUGGAACUUUUUCAGGAUUCUUUACACAUACGCGUGGCCUCCGUCAGGGUGACCCCCUAAGCUUUAUUAUGGCAAAUCUUACACCGAAUCCGUCCUACGACGGAAGCUCCUAUUGAAAGGGAAGUUCAGGUGCUUCCCAAAUGUCUGGUGUGCGGGGCAGAAUUGGAAACGAUGGAACAUCUUUUUCUAGAAUUCCCGGUGGCACAGACAUUACGGGAUUAUUCUGGAUUUGAACAUCUCGGUCAAGGCUUCCACAACAUACUUUUCCCUCUAUUCCUGAAAAAGUUAUUGGCUCUAAUUAAUCACCCUCAUCAAAUUAUGGCGAUCGUUGGAAUCCUUUGACGGAUUUGGCAUUCCCGAAAUUGGGUUGUCUUCGAUGACAAACAAUUUGGGAUCCCUGCGACAAUAUAACCAAUAAUACCAG